ACGUCAUCUUCAUAACAAUCAGGAAGUGGUGUCUCUCUGUGAUGGGGAACGGGGCUGUGAAACCCCAGCAAACAGGGUCACGUCAAAUCAUCAAGAGCAAUGCUGUCGCUAUAAUGUCAUGUGUAGCGUGUGCAACUGACUUUACAUUUUUUAAACGAAAGACUUUCUAGACCCCUAUAUACACAAAGUAGUGACAUCACAAAGCAUUGACAUCACACAGUACUGACAUCACUAUGCCUUGUGACAACUGUUCAGCUAAUUUCACAUUAUUCAGACUCAAGAAACUCUGUGUAGAAUGCCAGCAUUACUAUUGCUCAGCCUGUAUCUUCAAGGAAGUGUCCAGAACGAUCACAAGGAGACGUUGCAACAAAUGCCGCGUCCUUACCAAGCCAAAUUUUUCACGUCAUGAUUUGAUGCAGUUGAAGGUUCGAGACUUGCGCCAGUUUUUGACCCAGAAAAAUAUUGGUACAAACCACUGUAAAGAAAAGAAUGAUCUCGUAGAGUUGAUACUGUGUCACAGCGGAAAUGAAUGGUACGCCCAAGAACAGGCAGAGAAUCAGAGACGUUUAGAUGAUCUAGAGGCUAGAAAACAGCAACAUGGAUUUGAUAACUCAACUCAAGAUUCUGACAGUGGAAUUCAGAGCGAAAACAAUGCAGCUAAUCACUCAGACAAUGUAGCUGUACCUAAUGUAGCUGUACAUAAUACAGCUGAACAUGAUAAUACUAGUUCAAUGGAACAAAACUCUCAAGAGUCGGACAAUUUAAAUCCUGAUUCAACAUUUGCUCAAAAUUCAAGUGCCACCCACCAAAAUACGAAUUCGUCCAGUUCACCAUCGACCAAUGAGACUCAGUCAAGCCAUUCCAAUGGAACCUCAAGCGGGGAGGAAAGAUUACGAGCAAGGCAGAGACAGGAGAUGGAAGAGACACUCAGGAGAAUAGGAACAGAACUUCUAGAUGAUGAGAAUGAGGCUGAUAUGCGAACACCAAAUCAACGAGCUCAACUUGAUGACAUCACAGAGGAGAACAAUAUUCCAGACUUGACUGUCAAACAAUUGAAAGAAAUACUUAUAACUAACUUUGUUGACUAUAAGGGUUGUGUAGAGAAAUGGGAACUUGAGGAGAGAGUAAGAAGACUUUGGCUACAAAAACAAGAUCAAAAGAAGAAAUCCAGCCAAUCAGGUUCAACAAAUGCAACGAAUGAAGAAUCGAGCAGUGGCAGUAACACAGUAGACCUGGAUGACAAUGACAUGUGUAAGAUUUGCAUGGACGCCCAUAUAGACUGCGUUUUGUUAGAAUGUGGACACAUGAUAACUUGCACCAAGUGUGGCAAGCGGCUUGCAGAAUGCCCAAUUUGUAGGCAGUUUGUUACAAGGGCUAUUCAUAUAUUUAAGGCAUAGAGUGGAUGUUUUACUUAAAUUUUAAUUUAAAAGGAUUAAGACAGAAACUUUGCUUUAGAAUGAUGUCGUCUGGUGACAUCGACAAGAGAGAUGCUUUGCUUUAGAAUGAUGUCGUCUGGUGACAUGCGACAAGAGAGAA